UAAUUUUAAUAUGUCUUUUAGAUAGAAGAUAUGAUAGUAGAUAUACGGUACCGCGAUUUUAACGAAACUGGUGAAAUUCGAGAUCAAGCAUCCUUUUUGGAAUUCGUUAAAUUGUAUAUAAAUCACAGACCUGUGCAUGGAAUUUCUGUAGAUGCCUUGAAGUCAGCUUACAAUACUUUCAAAGAAGAGGAAGAAAUUGAUGAACCCCUUACAAGGGAAGCAUUUAUUGAAGGCAUGUGUGAAAUAGGUGAGGCAUUUACAAAACCGAAACUAUCAAAAUGUCUUUCGGUAUUACUUCACUUCGAUGGCAAUCAGGACUAUAAGCAAGAGUUCUUCUUUCUUCCAGAGGAAAUUGACUUUGAUUUCUUCCUGAAUGACAUGCUAGGAAUUGAUAUGAACAGAACCAACGUUGAAGAAGCAAAGGUUUCUAAAAAUCAAGCAGACGAAGACAUAAUCUGACGGUUUAUUAAUUUAUAUUAAAUUUAUUCAUAAUUACUGAAACAUUGUCAUACAAACAGUUGUAAACUGUAACG